AUGACGACUAUCUUCAGAAAGCUGAAGCUUGUCAUAAUCUUCUUCUGUGUUUUCACAACCCUUUCUUUGAACUCAGUCUCAUCCUCUGUUCCUAAGAUAAUCCCCUAUGGUGAUCACUGUGCUUCAUUUGUUCCAGAAUCAACCUUGAAAGCGGACGGUAUAUAUCAUCCUCAUGAAUAUCACCACACAGGUUACUACUACACUGGUGGAGACACUGUCAGUGGUAGUCUUAGUUGGAACUUCUCAUACGAUCAUCAGCUCCAAAACUCAGUUGAAUUCCGUGCCUGGAGUUUCGAAGAAACUGCUGUACAGGGCUUGUUCAAGCUCCGAGCAAAUCUUCGAUUUCCAAAGGCCAGGACAAAUUACUACGAGGGGAACUUCACGAGUAGCAGUAGAUCCAGGUCUCGAUCAAUUCAUGCAGAUCCAAUAUUUAGGCUCCAGGGGUUCUGGUCUGAAUCUUCGCAGAGGCUUUGUAUGGUUGGAUAUGGUAGGUACAAGAAUCAAGGUACUUCACUUAAUCAACCUGCUAUCCUUAAGCUCUAUAAUCUCACCAAUUCCACUAGUAUUACAAGUUUGGUUAGUGGAACCAUAGAGUCUUUGAUCCCGAGUUCUGAUAUUAUCAAGGAUCCAAGAUAUUUUGAUCCAGUCUCUAUUUUGAUGCUUCCUCUGAUGAACUACCAGUACACCAACUCAACUAAUGACACCUCUUUUGGUGAAACUGAUGAUCACGAUCCCUCUAGUUCUCUAAAAUUAGAGAGAUUUUGUUCACAACUCUCAACAGUGGUACCUUAUGUUAAGUUUGAUCUCCAAUAUUCAAGCAAAUGUGUUUCUGCAAGGGAUUGUACUCCACUUGCUGUGCUUGAUCAUUUGCCUGGGCUCAUGUCACUUAAGUCUAUUGAUUGUUUGGAAAGUGAAAGAAGAUUGAGAGUUCUGGUGGAAUUUGAAGACAGCAGCAACAGAUGGUUUCGAAGGCCUUUCAAUCCCAACACAACUUUGGUCGCAGAAGGUUCAUGGAAUGCAAAGAAAAAUCAGUUACAGUUUGUCGCUUGUCAUUUCUUACAGGAUGCAAAAGAUUCUUUCAACAAUUCUCAUGUAGGUGAUUGUUCAACAAGAUUGAGCUUCAGGUUUCCUGCAACAUGGACAAUCGGAAACGCUAGUAGCAUUCUGGGGCAUAUUUGGAGCAACAAAUCCAAGACAGAGUCUGGUUACUUCCAAGAGAUCACAUUCAAAACUCAACAGAGUGAGGCCGGAAGGGCUCUACUUCCAGGCAACAAAUAUGAGUAUACAAGACUUGACCAAGUAAACAAGUUGUGCCCAAGAAAGAAGUCUCCUGCUAAUGGUCACAGUUCCAUUCUUUACCCAAGUCCAAUUUCUUACGACAUGAGAUUCGAUAUGUCAGCUAGAAGUUCCAAGGGAUUUAGUGCAUGGGGAAAUUCUGACCCUGUCUCUGUCGGUGAUAAGUUGUACGACGAGCUUAUAUACUCAACACAAUAUACAAACUCAGCUACAAUCGUUGAAGAUGGAGCUGACACUCUGGCACCUUUGAGCUCUGUUGGGAUGAUUUCCAGCUACAACCGCAGCAUCCCCACCAAUAUUAGCUACAGAAUAAGCAUUCAAUUGCUAGAGCGAUCUGUUGAAAAGUCAAGCAAUCACACAAUUCAUAGGGCAACAGAGAUGCAAAUUUUUGCUGAAGGGAUAUAUGACUCAGAAGGAAGCCUGUGCAUGGUAGGCUGCCAAAAUGUUGGCUUAAAUAGUACUCACCAGACAACAGAAGAUUCUGUAGAUUGUGAUAUCCUUGUCAAUUUCCAGUUCCCUCCAGAAAAUCAACACAGUCAUAAUAAAGGUUAUAUCAAGGUGAGCAUUGAAAGCACGCGGAAAAAGUCUGAUCCUCUUUAUUUUGAGCGAUUGGAUUUGUCAUCAGUUGCCAGUUACAUGAUUGAAGCAGAACGAUCCAUCUGGAGGAUGGACAUGGAGAUCAUCUUGGUUCUUGUAUCUACAACACUAGCAUGUGUAUUUGUGGCAUUACAACAAUUUCAUGUGAAAAAGCAUCCUGAUGUGCUUCCCUCAAUUUCCAUCCUGAUGCUACUGAUUCUAACCCUUGGCUACAUGAUACCUCUUAUGCUAAACUUUGAUGCCAUGUUCACUCACAACACCAACCGUCAGGGUGUAACACUUGGAAGUGGAGGAUGGCUUGCAGUUCAUGAGGUAAUUGUAAGGGUUAUAACAAUGGUAGCUUUCUUGUUGCAAUUCCGUCUUCUGCAGCAAACAUGGUCGGCAAGAUCAGCAAUUGGGAAGCAAAAGGAGCUUUGGGACGUGGAGAAGAAGGCUUUACCGUUGUAUCUCAUUGGAUUUUUCGGUGCUUCGAUGGACUUAAAAUCUUAUGCUGGUUUGGUCUUGGAUGGUUUUCUAUUACCUCAAAUUCUACUCAACAUGGUCUGCAAAUCAAAGGAAAAGGCUCUGUCUGUUCCAUUCUACAUUGGAACAACCUUGGUCCGAGUGCUGCCACAUGCUUAUGAUCUGUACAGAACUCACAGUUCUGUUCAUCAACUAGAGGAGUCCUACAUUUAUGCCAGUCCAGUUGCAGAUUUCUACUCUACUUCUUGGGAUGUAAUCAUUCCUAUUGGAGGUCUACUGCUCUCUCUGAUCAUUUUCUUGCAGCAGAAGUUUGGGGGUCGUUGCUUUCUUCCUCAAAAGUUGAGAGGGCAGGGUUUGUAUGAGGAAGUCCCUUCAAUUAGUGAAGAUGAAUUGCCAAGGUAA